GCGCACUGGCGUCAUGUUUAUUUGUGUCGUUCGUGGCGAGCGCAAGCAGUGGGCCGAUUCGUCAGCAUUUUCCUCUAUUUAAACAGUAAUUUAAGCCGCUUGUAUCGCUAAAAUGUCUCCCAAACGUGCCUUCUACCGCACCGGCGACGCCAUAUGUGAUGAAAUUCUGGGACUGCUGGAAAAAUUCGCCAACGAAACGCUCGCCAAACAGGACAAGUUCCGGGUCGGCGUGUCGGGUGGCUCACUGGCCGAUAUUCUGUGCGAGGGCAUGUCAGACCUGCGCUCAGACUUUUCCAAAUGGCAGAUAUUCUUCUGCGAUGAACGGGUGGUGCCGGUGGCCGAUAAGGAUUCCACAUUCGGCAUUUUCAAACGCGAUCUGCUUGCUCACUGCAAAAACAUUCCGGAGAGUGUGUUUUUCCCGGUAAAUACAGCGCUGGACGUGAACGAAGCGGCGGCGGGUUAUGAGCGUACGAUACGGAAAACGUUCGGAUUGGAAAAGCCGGAAGAGAUUCCAUCGUUUGACCUGUUGAUAUUGGGCUUUGGGCCGGAUGGUCAUACGGCCUCGCUCUUCCCUGGCCAUCCACUGCUCGAGGAGAAGAAGAAAUUGGUGGCACCGAUCGAAAACUCCCCGAAACCUCCUCCGAAGCGUGUCACCAUGACGCUGCCCUUGAUUAACAACGCCAAGGUGUGUCUGUUCGGGGCACAGGGCGGUGGAAAAGCGGAAAUGCUGAAGCGCAUUGUGAUGGACAGAGACACAUCGCUGCCGGCCACCCUGGUCGAUCCUCCGAACGGAGAACUUAUCUUUGUGGCCUGUGAUGCAGCUGGCGCCUUAAUCGAGGACGAUCCAUUCGCCAAAUCGUAAACCGGCUAUCACAUUCCUUUACUGCUGGAUGACGGUGCCUUAAAUGGAGAAUCUAAAGUGCAGCUGGCAAAGCAUCAGCAUAACAGAGCAUCAAAAUCGAACCAUGGCAUUUUACAUCACUCGACGGCCUUGUCGUCGGUGUACCCGGGUCGGGUGGCGGAUAGGCUUUUUAUUUUAUUCUAACGCGCUUGUGUGUACAAUAAAUUACAACCAACACUAAACAUAAUACGUAUCACAUAGCAGUAAUAACACCAGUGGCGUUUCGCACUGUACGAAACGAUCGGAUCGCGCUCCUUGAUUGGAUUAAAAUUAUUAACAAUACUGUGUGUGUUCCUUAGCGACCGUUUUUAGUUUGUUCACUGCGUCGGGCGGGUUAGUGCUCGUCGAUGAACUUUUUGUACUCGUAGUGUGUUGCAGGAUCGAGCGGUCCCCAGGCAGGUGUAGGCUUGAAGGCGUUCUUGAUUUUCUGCCAAAAGAAAUUCAGUUUUAAAACUCGACUUUUUGCAAAGGUUUAAUCGAAAUAGGGUUUAGCUUACCUCGUUGAGCGAUUUUCCACUCUGCUUGUAGACGGCAUAGGCGGCCCAAAUGGGGAGCUGCAGCAGACCGAACGUGAAAAUGCACCAGCCAAUUUCUACGAGUAAACCACAAAAAAAAAGGAUAAGUAAACGAACGACGAAAAUGGUACAUGUGACUGUUACGUACGGUAUGCGAUCGUCGGAUAAACGUACUGCUUGUACAUCAGCGGUUCCAGCGUGAUAAGGUUGUAGAUAAGAAUCACAAACAUUAGCAGCGGUGUAAUCCAGCGCCAGCAAAGCCUCCAGUAAAGGUUGGGCCGAUGGCCCAGCAUGAACUCGGUGUCCUUACACAGCCGAUCCACACCGUAAACCCAUCCGAUGGCAAUCAGUUCGGCAAUCGCGAGCACCAAAGCGAUCGACGACGCGCCGUAGUAAUCGACCAGCUUCAGCACGUACUGACCGCCCUGUAGGAAAGAAGAUUGAGAGUGAGAUAUCAGAAUAAAAACCUUGCAACUA